AUGGGGCAUUGCCUAAAACCAAGAAACGUAGCGACAGACGCAGUCAAAACAAGCUAUCAUGCAGCCACCCGGCGAGCCAAGGUCAAGCCCGGGCAGGUAGCGUUUCUAUUCGAUCUUGGGGGUCUCGGGUUCAAUGCCCUGCAAAUUGUGCUUUAUAGAGGUGCGCGAGUCAUUGCUUCUGAUGUUCGAGCGGAAUUGUUGGAUCAGGGAGCGCAAUUUGGCGUUCCCAGGGAGGAUAUCGUCCCUGCCGGCAAGUCGGUAUGUGACUUUGUUCGAGAACGGCGGUUGCAGGGAAGGAUUGAUACAACUCUCGACUUUGUGGGCAUGCAUCAGACUUUCCAGGAUGCGCAGCAUAUCAUUCGUCGUGGAGGAAAGCUAUUGUGUGUUGGCACUCUUGACGAGCAGAACAGAGUCGACAUGAAGAUUGGGAUCCAGAAGAGACUGAAGAUUGUUUUCUGA